GCCAUCGAAACGCCGCAGAAAUGUAGUCUGGCUCUGUUGCUCCAAUACGCAAGAGCGAUAGAGAUAGAUAGCUACGAUAGAGGUAUUAUCGUGAGCGUUUCGUGAGAGUUCGUGCAUUCGGCUAAUACGCAUACAGAAAUAUAUGACUACGCGCCAUGUUGCGGAAUUUCAUUAGAACUAUUUUCUUUAUAAUAUAAUGAACGGUCAAGGCAUACAUCAGAAUAACAGCGCCCUCUUGACAAUAGUCAUAUAUUUCUAGUCCGGCUUUAAGUGUACCGUUGCAGGUACUUAAAAAAAAAAAUUCUUUUAGUUAUUUACUUAUAGGUCAGUGUGCACUAAGUAUUAACUUCAUCAAGAUAAUUAAUUGUCACUGGCAUCUGAUUUAUCAAAAUAUUCCCGACUUCCCUUUGAUAUUCGUCAUAUUCAAAUCAAAACUAAUAAAGCGUUGUAAGAACAUCUGGUUAGCUAAAUCUGUAGAUCCGAAUAUAAAGUCUAGGCGAUGACGAGAUACCUAUUCUUAAACAGUCCGUUCAAACGCAACAAUGCUGUAAUAAAACAAAAUAAUUGCUGCGCGAAAUGUAAUCGUUAAAUACCUAUAAUUUGUCUCACACAUAUGUUCUCACGCCAAAUACUUCACGUAUUACUAAAGUGAUGACUUGAUGAGAAAAUAUUUGGACAAAUGGACAGCAAUUGCAAUCUUAGGACCCAUGGAUUGUGAUGUUUGAUAUUCACCCUCGAAAGGUAUAGAUUAUUAAUCAAGUUUAUUAGGUAGGUGUCUCGCACAAAUUUUCUUUGUAAAAUUUCCUACAGAGGCACCUCUGUAGGAAAGACACAUCUGUUGUUAUGUACCGUUGAGGUGGUCUGUGUAUGGGCCUAAGACGUUCUACCUAGAGGUGAUAGCAAUAGCUACAGUACAGUAGAUACAGCAGAGUUAUCAUUAUCACAGAAGUGAAGGCAAAGGAUUUCAAGAGUAUGCAACGAGCACGUGACACUAUUACACGGGUUUUCUACGUUAGUCAGCUUGACAACAUACCGAUAGAUACUGAAACGUAAAUAUACAUAUAUAUAAUGGGAAGGGUUCCUAUAGCUGUAUUUAUUUUGUAUUUUUAUUUAUCAGAUUGAGGAUUGAUUUACGACUUUGGCUUUGAGCAUUAGAUAUACCUAAUAAGUAGUAGGUAAUUGAUAGUCUUAUUAAAUGAAACGACACGUCAAAAACAUGCAAAUGCUAAUAUAAAUCAUAUCAGCAUUGUCUGCUUAUAUCACUCUCGUUUGAGAGAAUAUUUUUAGUCGCGGGCAACGAAAUAAACAGAUUGUUUACGAGCGAAUACAGCAUGUUCGCAAAUAGACUCACUAUAUAUUUAAAAAAAAGUGCAGACACGUGCAGACAAUGUAAGCGUGACCUUUCGGGAAAACAAGACCGUUGUUUUCUUCUUCAUCGCGUAAUGCUUGGUUUUUGCCACGACUCAUAUUAGGGUCCGAUUGGCAAAAACAAAUUUUCUCAACUUAUUGCGUUUGACCACUCACCCCCUCGACAUGAUUAGGUAAGUAAGUAACAUGAAGUGACAUAGGUAUUGUAAAAAAGUACGAUAUCUUGUCAGAAAUAAAAGAAGUGACCAUUUAGUUGUGAAAUUUGUGGAUAUGGGUUGGAGUGGAAGUUAAAUCAGAAUUUACAUCGUAUCGUAGGCCAUGAUGACAGGCAGCGUAUCAACUUUCGCCGAUGUGGCGCUAAACUUCGGCGCGCCCGCUGUCCGUGGUGAUAGCGUGUUGCGCGUGGCCUCCGAGAGAGGGCGCCGCUCCGUCAUGUACGGAGAUGACACUUGGCUCAGGCUGUUCCCGGGACUUUGGGCUGAAUCUGAUGGCACCACGUCUUUCUACGUUACAGACUAUACUGAGGUAGACAACAACGUCACCCGGCACUUAGACAAAGUGCUGACACCCGACGAGAAAAAGAAGCCGACUUUCGACUUUCUAGUCCUCCACUACUUGGGAUUGGACCAUAUUGGGCACCUAGAGGGCGCUAGGAGCUCCAAGAUCAAACCUAAGCUGCAGGAAAUGGAUGGUGUUGUAAAGAAAAUAUUUGAGGCUAUGCAGAAAUGGGACCGACCAGGCAUCCUAUUCGUAUGCGGCGACCAUGGAAUGCGCGACGCUGGCGGUCACGGCGGGUCAACGCCCGCUGAAGUCUUAGUACCACUGGUCGCAGCCCGAACUGACCCGUACCAGUGCCCGCACCCUAUAAGCCACGGGCCAACAGUCGCUCAAGUGGACCUCGCACCGACAAUAGCAUGGUUGCUCAACGCGCCCCCUCCCGGCGACAGUACGGGCCGAAUAUUGCCCGGAUUACUGCCCGAUGACAUACUGCAGCGGUUGUAUCUACUGCACGUUACUGCGCGGCAAAACGCGGAGCAAUGCGCUGGGAAGGCGGCAACAGAGACAGAAUUCUACAGACAAUUCGAACGAGCCGAAAAGCAAUUCGCGCACUACCUCGCGACAGGAGAAAAGAGCGCCGCCAAGAUCGCCAAGGAAUUCUACGAAGAGUCCUUAGAGAAAAUGACAGAGUACCUUACAGAGGCCACUGUUGGGUUCGACUUGUUCGCUAUAGGAGUGGGCAUCAUUCUACUUUAUUGUAUCGCCAUCUCCCUCGCCUGCUUAACCCUCUACUCGCUCCAACCCGAAACCGCCCGCAAGCUCAGCGUGCACCGCCUACACUCCUCCACAUGGGGCUCCAUAAUCGCCUUCAUCAGCGUCCUGGCCAUCACAAACAGCAUACUAGUCGUCUCCUGUUACAUCACAGAAACUAAAACACAAUUCUGUUCCAUGCGAGGCAUAUGGCUCGCGAUUUUUCUACUCAUCUCCUGCGGGUUAACUAUGUCAUAUUGGAUUAUAAAAACAAGCGUAGAGAAGAUCAAAGACUUGUCUUUACUGCGCGAUCUAAACGCUAUAGAUUACUUACUUAUUAUAGGGACUUUGUUUCAUUCUUGGUCGUUCUUCGGGACUAGUUUUAUAGAGGAAGAGCAUAUGACGUGGUAUUUCUUUUGGAAUACGUUGAUGUUUUUCAUAUUGGUACGGACGCUGGCGGUGGUGGUGAUAUAUUUGUCGAGGCGAUUGAGCGGUGCGACGGAGGUGCAGGAAAAACCUGAGUUGGAGCAGAGAAUGAGUGCCGUCGGGGUUGGGAUCGUGCCGAAAUGGGUGCUGCUUAUCGCUUUACACAGGUAUUUAAGAACAAUGAACCAGACCGGGGACCGUUGGCUGUUCCUACCGGAUACAGCAGAUUGGCUGAAGGCACCUGAAAAUGCCUUUUAUCUUCAAGCACAUCUAGUCAUUGGCACCGUCGCAACUCUAGCAAUAUGCCUCUACAACCUCCGUCACAUGAACAACUUAGGCCACCUCCACACAAUCUUCACUAUCGUCGCCACCUUAUGCAUCUUCUGCUACCGCAUAGCUACUGACUCCUUACACUCCCCCUUUCAAGACAUCAAGACUUGGGACACCGUCCAUAUUGUCAACGCUUUCUGGGUCGUCUUAAUCGCCCAAUUCGUUUUCGAAUUUUUAACCUACGUCGGCGUAUUCAAAAAUUGCGGCGUCAACCCAGCGAAUCGUAACACUCUUAGCAGUAACAGAUUCGACUAUAAUAAAUCUAAAGCGAAAACUGAAGAUUACUUCUACGAACCUAUGGUAGAAGAGCCAUGGAACUUAGAAGAGGUGAAACUAAAUCUCGCUCGUUCUAUGUCUCAUCUAAUGCUGAACGAUUUAAUGUUAAUAAUUGCACUGCUUAUGAGACCGCAUAAUGUGAUAAUGGUGCCUAGCGUGUAUAUAACUUGCGUGCUGACGUCGAAGUGUAUGGACCAUAAGCUGCUGGAUUCAAGGUCGGGAAGAAACACGGAAGUGGUGGAUAUUUUGAGCCGGACGCUGGUUCAUAUUUGGAUUGGGUGCCUUUUUUUCUUUUACCAGGGCAACUCCAACAGCUUGGCGUCCGUAGACCUGGGGUCGGGCUACGUGGGCCUGCGCUCGUACUGCGCCGUGCGAGUGGCGCUGCGCAUGGGCAUCCACGCGUACGCCGGGCCCGCGCUCGCCGGCGCCGCGCUCUACUGCCAGCUCGCGGCCGAGGCCGACACGUGGAGGCGAUACCUCCAAUCCGUAUGGCGAGCGACGAACAUCUUUGCCCUCCAACGAGUAUACUCCAUCGCCGUAUACUCCGUGGUAGCCACGAUCUUCCGUCACCACCUCUUCGUAUGGACGGUCUUCUCGCCAAAACUACUCUACGACUUUGUAGCCAUGACCUUCACUAUACAAGCCUUAGUUACCAUAGUGGAGAUAAUAGGUCUCACACACUUGACUAGUUGGAUAGCGCAAGCGUUCGUGAGUAAGUCCAGACUGUGAUGUGAUAUAGAAUAGGGUUUUCUUAUAGACGAGCGUUUUUUUUUUCUUGUGACUUUUUUAAAUUGUGAUAUUUUUGACAAUUUUUAUGUUACAUAUGUCUACUCAGAAUCACUAGUAUUUUCAACCCUAAUAGGUAAAAAAAUUGUACCAUACGAUUUUUUUCUUACUUUGUUACCAUUUUCCAUACAUUUUGUAUGGGGUGGGACAAAAGAGGAAAGUAACAAAAAUGUAUGGAAAUUCUGGGACACGUUUUGUCUCCUAUUGAGAUAGAAAGUGCUCGAGAUUCUGAGCAAAAUUAUUGACCUAAAAAUAUCAAAAUAAAAAAAGGGCAAUAAAAGAAACGUUCAGACACGGUGUGGUUUUAGCAACUGGUUUGCCAGUACUAAAAUGGAAAAGAUGUGACCAAGCCGGGGUAGCCAGUAGUUUGCCAGUUUGCCAGAGCUGUGUUGCCAAUAGUUUUCUUUUUCAUACUGCCCUAAUGAGGAGGCAGACUCAAAGGUUAUGACAGAUGGCGCCACCCUAUUAGUCCAUACUUGAGAGCGAGAAGAUGAUAUGUUUUUUCUCUCUCUCACAUAUGAAUGACAGUGACAUGCCGAGACACUUGCACAGGCGCCGCCUGGCGGGAUAAAAUGUCAGUGUGCCUCCUCGAUAGAUACUAAAGUAGGUAUAAGUUAGCUAUGGAUUUUAUAUGGAGAUAGCGCUACGCUAUUCUAAUCCUUGGGGCAGCAUAAAUCUCGUGCUUAUUUCUUGAAAUAAAUAUGUUAAUAUAAAUAUAUAUAAUAUUUAUUUCAAGAAAUAAGCACUCCAAGAAAUGUUUAUGGCUAUGAACUAUUUUGCAUUCUUGUAAUAUAUUAUACUUACAUUAUAAGUAUUGAUGGUAUUCCAGUUUAGAUUUUAUUAUUAUUAAAACUAGUCAUGCUAGGAUGUUACCGUACUGAACAUAUACUCCGAUGGGUAUAAUAAUUUUACCUCCGCGAUCAAAAUGAUAACUUAUCAUACGAAUGUUGAAUAUUUAACUUAAUAUUCAGAAUGUUGCAUAUUUGAAUAUUUCAGGUUAAUAAUGUUAAUUUACUUUUAGGAAUAAAAAGUUGAACAACUGCUUAAUGGACUAAAAUCGUUUUAUUCACUUUCUAAUACUUUCUAUCAAUGAUAUCUAUAUAGAAUUGAAAUUUUAUUACUUUAGGUACUUAAUUACAUUAUAUUGAUUUUUUAUUUAUUUUGACAAUAAUAAUAUACGGCGUGGGCUAAUUUACUUUGGUAAAAUGCCUUUUUAUAGUACAUUAUGUUUGAACUCAAAUCUAGCAACACAAAUAAGAAGUAAAGAUUUGGCGACGAUUUUAAAGAAGUCCAAACAUAUAAAAUAACAUAUUUACAUAAAAAGUACACAUUAGUACACUUGCAGUUAAAAAACUUACAAUUUAUUUUAUGAUAGGAUAGGUUGACGAAAGCUAAAUUUUACUUUAAUUGCCAUACAUUGAAGUACCAAAGCAUUCCGAUAUAAUAGUACAUUUCGAUACAAGUGCGAAAAAGAGGAAGUUCGAAACGAGUGGCGA